UACAUUACAUAUUCCCCACAACAUUUACACAUCAUAUAUCACAAGCUCCACAUUUACAAAAUUUAGAGUUUCAAUUUUUUGUAAAAAAAUAAAAUAUAAUGAGUAUUUUAACAAGAGCUCCAAAGAAUUCUUGGCAGCCAGUGAUGAUUGCUGAUACAACAAUUCAUAAGUACUGGCUUAAUUGGAGGUUCUUGCUAUGUUGCAUUUGGGUUUUAACAUCAAUGAUUUUUGCAGCAAUACUUAUAAAGAAGUAUGAAGGUCCUCGAAUUCGAAAAAAUGGAAACAGUGAAGCCCAGAAAACAGAGUCCUCUGGUUUAUUGUAUCAAGAUGAAGUUUGGAGGCCAUGUCUCAAAACUAUUCACCCUGCUUGGCUUCUUGCAUUUAGAGUUUUCGCCUUUUUGAUUCUUCUGUUGUUGCUAAUUUUAAAUGUUACUGUUGAUGGAGGGGAGAUUUUUUACUAUUACACUCAGUGGACAUUUACGCUGAUUACUAUUUAUUUCGCGAUUGGAUCUAUUCUGUCGAUGUAUGGAUGUUAUAAGUAUCACAAUAAAAUUGGUAUUGAUGGAACUGAUAUUGAGAAGUUAGAUACCGAGUAUGGUUCACAAAAUUCAAUUGCUGCAAAACAUAUGGGGGGAAAUGCAGAAGCAGAACAGCCUUCUCGCCAAAUUGCUGAGUUUUGGGAAUAUGUUUUUCAAAUAAUUUUUCAGAUGAAUGCAGGGGCUGUAACGCUUACGGACUGUGUCUUUUGGUUCAUACUUGUUCCAUAUUUAACCAUUAAAGGCUACAAGUUAAAUUUUUGGAUUAUAAAUAUGCAUUCAGUCAAUGUUGUAUUUCUACUUGGUGAUACUGCUCUGAAUUGUUUGCGGUUUCCUUGGUUUCGGAUUGGAUACUUCUUUCUGUGGACAGGAGUUUAUGUUAUUUUCCAGUGGGUUGUUCAUGCCUGCAUUUCAAUCUGGUGGCCCUAUCCAUUUCUUGAUCUAUCAUCUGCAGUUUCACCUUUGUGGUACUUGUUGGUGGCAUUUAUGCACAUACCAUGUUAUGGUGUUUUUGUUUUGGUAAUGAAGCUGAAACACCAUUUGCUUUCGAAGUGGUUUCCUCAGUCUUAUCAGUGUGCAAUAUGAUACAACAACUUCCACGCGCCUCAGUCCCAACCAAGUCAGGAUCGGCUUUAUGAAUCCUCAUUGUACAAGGCCAAAUAACAAAUUUUCAGCUUUCAAGACGGCUAUACUAGGGGAAACACUUUUCUAUAUAUAUCGGAGAAUAUGACAGCAGUUCGCAUUUUGAACACCAAACUUGGAUCUUUUGUUCUUUUUUCUGGAAGGAACGACAAAUGGAAAAAAAAUUAUGUAGCAAAGUAGUUGUGAAUCUUUAGAAGUUUAGGCAAAAAAAAAAAUACAGUGAUUUAAACUUCUGGUUUGUUAGAUGUACAUCUUGGGAUAACUAUGGAACAGAGAUUUGUUAUUCAUAUAACUUAUUAUUGAGCUCUUUA